GGUAACAUAGAACAUGACUCAGUCAAGCCCGUAGAUUAUUACAAGUCUAGGUCGUCGAAGACUUGCACAAUUCUUUAGUCGACAUUUAACUAUUCAAUCCCUCUAUUUAUAUGGAGUCUUUGGUAACGAGCUAAAGCACCAAGCUUGAAACCCCACUAUUACAAAAUAUGAGGAUCUUCACAAUUCUCUCCAUUCCCUCUUUCUUCUUCCUACUAAUUAGCUGCUCGCCUCUAAUUAGCUGCUCGACUCUAAUUAGCUGCACGGCUGUCGCUCAAUCAGCUAGGUUUGUCAUCACCAACAACUGCCCCUACACAGUGUGGGCCGCCGUCGUCCCGGGCGGCGGGAGGCAGCUCAACCGCAGCCAGACGUGGCCCCUCGACAUCAAUGUUGGCAGGAUGACCGGGCGGAUCUGGGCCCGCACCAACUGCAGCUUUGACUUGGCCGGCAGGGGAAGCUGCGAGACCGGCGACUGCGGCGGACUCCUCCAGUGCCAGGCCAAUGGUGAGUCCCCGAACACGCUGGUCGAGUUCGCCCUGAACCAGUUCAAUCAAAUGGACUCCAUCGACAUGUCGCUCAUCGACGGGUUCAAUGUCCCCAUGGAGAUCAGCCCGACCUCCGGCGGGUGCAACUGGGUGAUCAAGUGCACCGCCGACAUCAUGGGGCAGUGCCCCGCCGCGCUGAAGGUCCCAGGCGGGUGCAACGGGCCGUGCCAGAUUUUCAAGACGGAUCAGUACUGUUGCAAUUCCGGCAGUUGCGAACCCACCGAUUAUUCCAAGUACUUCAAAGAUAGGUGUCCGGAUGCUUAUAGUUACCCCAAGGAUGAUGCUAGCAGUACUUUCACUUGCCCCGGAGGGACAAAUUACAAGGUUGUCUUCUGUCCUUGAAGGCAUGACUAAUAAGCAGCUUCAUCCUUACAUGAUGAGCGAAGUUCCAAGACCAAUAAAACCCGGUUAUAUUCCUUGUAACAGAUGCAUAAGUCUUCUC